AGGUGAUGAAGGACUGGUCGGACCUGGAGGAGCGCUACCAGGACAUGCGCGGCGCGGACGCGCGCGCGGCCGACGACUUCAAGCGGCGCAUGACGGCGCGCUUCCAGCAGACGGUGGCGGCGCUGGAGGCCGAGGGCGCGGCGGAGAAGCGCCAGCUGGUGGCCAUGCACCAGCAGCGCGUCGCCGCCCACAUCAACGCGCGCAAGAAGGAGGCCAUGGGCUGCUACACCGCCGCGCUCAACGACGCACCGCCCAACACGCACCGGGUGCAGAAGUGCCUGCAGAAGCUGCUGCGCGCGCUGCACAAGGACCGCCACCACACCAUCUCGCACUACCGCCACCUGCUGCUGAGCUCGUUCGAGCAGGCCGAGCGCGAGAAGGCCCUCACGCUGGAGCACCUCACGGACAUCGACCGCAUGGUCAACCAGUCGCUGCAGAUGCUCGACAGGUUCCCUGAGCUGCGCACCAAGAUCGGCCAGCUGAUGGAGGACUACAUCCAGGCGCUGCGCUCCAAGGACGAGACCCCGGGCUCGCUGCUGGCGAUGACGCGCGACGCCGAGGCAGCCAUCUUGGACAAGUACCGCGCGGACGUCGCCGCCAAGCAGGAAGAGAAGGAGCGCCAGCGGCAGCUGGAGAAGCAGCGCAAGGAGCAGCGCAAGAAGGAGCGCGGCGAGCGGCGCCACCCGGACGGCGACGGCCCCGCGCCCAGCGGCCCCGCCGCCGCGCCCGCCCCGCAGCAGCAGCAGCAGCAGCAGCCAGCACCGCGCGUCGCCCAAGCCGGCGCGUCGGAGGGCGGCGCAGGUGCUGGCGCAGCAGGGCUGGGCGCGCAGCCGCACCGCGAGGAGCCCGCCCGCGUGGCCCACGCGCAGGCGCACGACGUCAGCCACGGGGAGCCGAGCUUCUCGGUGCGUAGCGAAGUCUACCACCGCGAGAGCAAGAGCAUUUACUUCACCCUGGCAUUCGCUGGCAUCGCGCUCAUGGCCGCCGUAAUCGUCGGGGUGGCCAUUCUCAGACGGCGCAGCGCUCGCUCUCCGCAGAAUCAGGGAUUUGUGGAAGUUGACCAGGCUGCAACACCGGAAGAACGACAUGUAGCCAACAUGCAAAUUAAUGGCUAUGAAAACCCAACCUACAGAUAUUUUGAAAUCAAGGAGUAAUGUUUUGCAAGCCACUGGCCCUAUUCUCAGCUGGCACACUCCAUAAUAUAGGCUAAAAAUAAUAAUAAGAAUAAUAAUAAUUGUAAUUAUUAUUACUACAAUUUAAUCCUUAAGUGAU